AUGGAAGUGGUAGAUUCAUCGGAUCAACUUAUCUCUACAAAGUUACUUAAUGGGGAGGAGGUUAUAAACAUAAUUGUGGUAUAUGCAGCUCCCACGGUGAGCAGACGUAGUGGUUUGUGGGCUCAGCUCCGGGAGGUUAUGUGUGGUGUUGUAGGUUCUUUGCUUGUUGGAGGGGACUUUAAUACAAUUGUGCGACUUGAUGAAAGGUCUGGAGGGAAUGGUCGACUCUCGCAGGACUCGGUGACGUUUGGAGACUGGAUAAAUAAGUCCCCGUUGAUUGAUAUGGGGUUUAAAGGCAAGCAGUUCACCUGGCGGAGAGGACGAGAGGAGCGUACACUUGUGGCAAAGCGUCUAGAUAGAGUCUUGUGUUGUCCUGCGACUCGUUUACGGUGGCAAGAGGCUAAGGUUACACAUUUGCCUUUCUUAUCCUCGAACCAUGUUCCCUUAUACGUGCAGUUAUCCCCGGAGACAGUCAUGGACCCUCGAUGGAGACCUUUCAGGUUUGAGGCAGCCUGGAUGAAGCAUGAGUGUUUUAAGGAUCUGUUGUUGGCAUCUUGGAGAAGGGAUUUGAGUACUCCUGAUGCUUUGAAACAACUCGAAGUUACACUUUGCCGUUGGAAUCGGGAGGUGUUUGGUGUUGUACAGCGACGAAAAUAA